CUGCGAAGACAGGUCUGACGUUGCACACGCGUAAGCGCCUAUUGUAUGAAUCACCCAAAAUGGCUGUAGAUCCAAAAUAUGCGGCACUGCCUGGUAUUGCGACAGACCAGCCAGAUGUGUACGAGACUAGUGACCUUCCAGAAAGUGAUCAGCCUCAGACAGAGGAACCAGAGGAGUUGGGCAGUGAGAGUGUUGAGAGGCUGGCAUUGGACCCCAAAGAAGCUUAUAAAAGAUUUAAAGGGAAGGGCAUUGAUGCAGGGAGAGCAGAUUUUUCUGACCGUGUGAAGGUUCACAGGCACACUGGGUAUGAUGCCACGGAAUAUGAACUGCUGGGUGAGGGUGAGCAGGAGACCCCUCUGCAGAAAUAUCAAAGACUCCAGGCAGAAGUGAAAGAUUUGGCUGAUGAGUUGAGUAAACUUAAGGCCACCAUCAAGGAUGAGAAUGCUGUGGAUAAGAUGUCCCCAGUAGAGCUGGCCAGGCAGGUGGAGUACCUUCAGAACCAGCUGACAGAUCUGCAUGUGGAGAAAAUCACAGGACAGGAGGCCCACCUCGACUUGGCUGAUCCACUGGGAGCUUUACAGAGACGUCUCCUGGAAUCCCUGGAAACAUUCAAACACUCCAAACAAGAUGCCAAGAGCCCCACCAAAGGCAAGCCAGCUGGAGAUAAAGUGACGUAUGAACUGUACUACAGGGCAGAGCAGGCCAAGUUCAGCGAGAGUGCUAGGCUGGCUGCCCUGGAGCAGAGGUUGGAGAGGAUGGAAGCUGUUAUAGGACAACAGCCAGAAAAACUGUCUGUUCUUACUGCUGGACUUGCCAACAAGAGUCUUAUGGGUGCUGUUACAGAUCUGACUGCCAAAUCUAAUGUCAUGGAUCCAGAUCAGCUCAGUGCCAUUGAUGCCCGGUUACAUGGACUCCUUUCUAAGUUAAACCAAGUUUCUGAGAAAAAGGCUGCUAUCAGUGAUGAAAAACUAGCCAAGAUCAGUGAACUAUAUGAUAUAGUGAAGAGAUGGGAUGAGAUAGCACUAGCACUGCCACACUUAGUAGACAGAGUGGCCGGUCUGAAGGAACUACAUCAACAAGCCCUGCAGUUUAGCGCAGCCAUAACUCAUUUAGAUACUUCCCAGCAGCAAGUGGCGGCAAACUUGACAGCUCAUUCUGAUAUGGUGAAACAGCUUCAAAGUAACUUUGAGAAGAACAUGAAAGUAAUCAAAAGUAACAUAGAAAGUAUGGACCAGAGACUAAAGGCUUUAAAGAAAUAACAGUUUUCCUGUGCUAUGGAGAGAUGGUGUUCACUUUCCUUGGGACAUUAUCGUUCACUGUCAUUGCUAUUUACCUUGUAUUUAAUGCCAGUACCAUGGAUUAAUACAAAAGUUCAGCAGCAGCUGCAAUGAUUUCAUUUUUCUUUGUUUUUGUCCAGUAUAACAUGCAGUGACUGGUAGUGACAACAUAACAGUCAAUAUCUAGAUUUCAUUCACUCCUGAUAUGUGUUGUCAGCAACUGUUAUAAUUAUCAGAUAAAUGCAUGAAUCAGAAUGUGCAUUUAGACAUAACCUGUAUCUGAUUAGGUUUUUAAAUGUGAACACUUACAGUUGUUGUGAUAGAUUUGUAUUUAUUUAUUUAUUUUUACAAGUUGACUCCCUGUGUCCUAAAAAGCUUUCACUUGUUGGGAGGAGUGAAUCCAUUUUAAUAAUUUCCAACACGAGGCACAAUAUUUAAUGAAAUAUUUGUUGAAUUUCUACUUUGGUUUAAUUAAUAUUGUGACUCUUAAGAAGGGAUUCCAAUCUAUACUUAAAAUGCUAGCAAUUAAAAGUAUCCUGACUGUUGCUGGAUCAACCAAUGAUUUAUGAGAAGGAAAAAAUUUGAUUUUUCCUUAAGGAAAAUUCUAUUUGGCAAGGAUUUAACAUUUACCUUAAAGGAAGAUGGAUUCCAAACUCCUCAACUUACAUGGGGCUUAGCCUUCACACACUCAACAAUAUAACAGUUAAUAAUAGUCAUGGUGUCAAAGUACGCUUAAUUUGUUAUUUAUUGAAUUAGCAUUAAGCUUUGAAUGCUGAUGUUGUAAGAUGAUAAUGGGCUGUAACUUCAGUAGGCAGAAGUUGAACAAGUUCUAUAUUUAUGUUCUAGAUAUAAAAAGUCUUAACUUUCUGGAUUAUAGGUAAUAAAAUGUAUUUGAAGUAGAGUUAACUGUGGUGUAUAAUAACUUGUAUAGCUGUCUACAAGUGCAUGCUAAAAAAAUAAAAUAUGCACAGAUGGAA